AGCAAUUACCGCAGUAGGAAUGAUCGUCGUCAAAUUACUUUCCGUGUUUAUUGGAUUAAUUAUGUACGCUAAAUACUACAACUGUGAUCCUUUCUUAAUCAAGGCAAUAAGUCGUACUGAUCAGACUUUGCCAUAUUACGUGAUGGAUGUUGCUGGACAUCUUCCAGGACUCCCGGGAUUAUUCCUAGCUGGUUUAGUAAGCGCUGCGCUCGCGACUAUGAGUGCCAGUUUGAAUACUGUAUCCGGCACAAUUUAUGAAGAUUUUAUAAGUCCUUGGAUCCUAGAUGGCCCUAAGAAAGAUGCUACGGCCGCUAAUAUUAUGAAAAAAAGAUUGCAACAUUCUUCGACUGAAGCGAACGAGUCAAGACUUGUUAUCAAAGUAAAAUAUGUUGACAACAUAGCGAUGGCCAUCCUAGUGAAAAAAUAAACGAGGUGCUUAACUCGUUCAAUUCAU